AUGUCGAUCAAGGAGCCGAGGUCAGCCUUUGACCGCAACCCUCAGUUCCCAUCGUCGCGACCUGCGAGCAUCUUCUCGGCGCAAUCUAUUGACACACUUGUCACUGAUCAGAGCUAUCGAGGUUUCCCGUCCGAGCAAGCAUACCUUGAUGCCCUCAAAGAAUGGGCACAAUCAAAAAUGUAUUAUGAGACUGGAGAACAAUUAGAAGGCUUCUACGGCACCAAAACUCUGGAUGACAUUCUGGAAAAGCAUGGGGCUGUCAGGGGUGUGAAGAAGAGUUCUAGAAACCAGAGAAGGGCAACUGUGGCUCCUCAACUUCCCACCCUCGCGGAGCAUAGCGGCAGUGCCUCAUCCCUUUCAAGACAUAAUUCCGCUGUUGCAAGUGCAGAUGUAACGAAUGCGCCGGCGGAAGGCAAAGGCAGCAAACUGAAAAGAGUCUUCGCACGGCGCAAAACAGUUGUGUGA